UUAUCACAAAGAAAAAGCUUAUCCCUCUCUCUCUUUUUAAAAACUCAGAGACAAGAUGGCACCUGUGAUCAACACCAAGUUAAGUAAUGGAGGGAAGAAGAGAGCGUACGUGACGUUCCUCGCCGGGAACGGAGACUACGUGAAGGGAGUGGUUGGUCUCGCCAAAGGGCUAAAGAAAGCUAAGAGCAAGUACCCAUUAGUGGUUGCUGUGUUACCGGACGUGCCGGUGAAUCACAGGAGACAACUAUUAGAGCAAGGAUGUCUCGUGAACGAGAUCCAGCCGGUUUGUCCGCCUGAGAACCAAACUAAGUUCGCCAUGGCUUACUACGUCCUCAACUACUCCAAGCUUCGUAUUUGGAAGUUGGUAGAGUAUAGCAAGAUGAUAUACUUGGACGGAGACAUACAAGUGUUUCAGAAUAUAGAUCACUUGUUUGAUCUUCCUGACGGAAACUUCUACGCCGUUAAAGACUGUUUCUGUGAGAAGACAUGGAGCCAUACGCCUCAGUACAAAAUUGGCUACUGUCAACAGUGCCCCGACAAGGUGACAUGGCCUGAGCCUGAGCUUGGUCCUAAGCCACCUUUGUACUUCAACGCUGGCAUGUUCGUCUAUGAGCCAAGCCUCCCCACUUAUUACAACCUUUUGGAGACUCUCAACGUUGUCCCUCCCACACCUUUUGCUGAACAGGACUUCUUGAACAUGUACUUCAAAGAUAUAUACAAGCCAAUUCCACCAGUAUAUAAUCUUGUCUUAGCCAUGCUCUGGAGGCAUCCAGAGAACAUAGAGCUUGACAAAGCGAAGGUUGUUCAUUACUGCGCAGCUGGUUCUAAGCCUUGGCGGUUCACUGGCCAAGAAGAGAAUAUGGAAAGACAAGACAUCAAGAUGCUUGUAGAGAAGUGGUGGGACAUUUACAACGACGAGACUCUUGAUUACAAGAACAUGAAUGUGCGUCGGAAACAAGAAGAAGAAGAGGUCCACAGAAAGCAAAAAACCCCCCUUCCACAGUUCUAUACAGAUUCGUCUGAAGCUGGUGUGCUUCACUACGCCAAAGCUCCGUCCGCCGCCUAGACUACUAUAUGAGGUCUAAGCUAGUUUAUUGUUAAAUAUAGUUUCUGAAAGUCGGGAACUAAGUAUGUUCAGUUUGGAAUUUAUAUUAUAUAAUGAUGUGUGUUGCUGCUGUAUUUUGUACUGAAUCUAGAGGAGUUUUAAUCACCAACCCCUAUGCUUGCUGAAUAUGUUUGCUAAAGACAUUUAUCUAUAGUCUGGUUUUCAUUAAUUAUAUCAGAAACCCUUUCUGGUU